AUGUCAAUCAACAGAUUUGCUUCAGGCCGAUUCCCCGUCCUCCUUAGAAAGGCUCCUUUUUAUUACUCGAGAGCCUAUUUGCAUGAAACAGGUGUUUUCAAACAAAAUAAAGAGACUGCUGAAGAUUCGCCAGAGGUUUUAGCGAAAAGCUCACACUUGAACUCAAAACCGCUGGAUUUAAGUAACAAAGCACCUAUAAAGACUGCUCAAAAUAAAAUUCCCCUAGCUCAUAGUAAAUAUGAAUCGUCAAAGUACGAGCUUCCAAAAUGGAAGGAAGCUUUGGGUGAACUGGUGAUUCGAGCAUUCCGUUUGGAUAUGGAUAGGGUGAGAGCGGGGCCUGUUGCGGGCUCUUAUUAUUAUAAGAUUUGUAAGGAGCAAGGUUUACAAUAUGAGGAUGAGCCAUUAUCAGAAACUGCCAAAUACUUUUACGAGGAUUUGAAGCUACCACGUACUUUUUCACAAUGGUUCCAAAUUACUAUAUUACAUGAGUGGAUGCUUUUUGUACGUAUGAGAGCUAUGCCUUUCAAAUAUGGCCGAAACUAUCAGCAAAAACUAGUGGAUAGAACAUUUUCUGAUAUUGAGUUAAGGUUAUUCGAGGAAAUGAAGGUCAAUUCUGGUAGAAUUGCAGAUCAAUAUUUGAAAGAUUUCAACACCCAAUUAAGAGGCGCGAUAUUCGCUUAUGAUGAGGGAUUUGCUACAGAUGAUUCCACACUUGCGACAGCAGUCUGGAGAAAUCUUUUUGGUGGUAGAAAGAAUAUUGAUAUGCUUCACUUGGAGUCUGUAGUGAGAUACAUUCAUUCUCAAUUAUACGUCUUGAGUAGAUUAUCCGAUAGAGAAUUUGCAACAGGUAAGUUCAAAUUUGUUCCACCUGGUGUGAAAGUCGAGAAGCUUACACCAAAGCAAGAGGAAGAGUUGAAGUCUAAAGCUGUUUCAAAGUAUGAGGCUUUGGACAAGGACCCCAAGACACUGCCAAGCGAAAGAAGUAGGCUAUCGUAUACUAAUUAG